AUGGUGAAGGCGUACAAGGGCGAGGACAUAGAUGCCGAUUCUUUAGACGACACUUACUUGAGCAGUGGUGAGGAGGAAGAGGCCGUUCCUGGACCGUCGGCUGUCUUGGAUGCAAUUCUAAAGCUGGUCCAGAUGGCAAGAUUGGCAAGAAAUGGCAUUUUGGAGCAUUUUAGAGCAGUUUUGGACUUGGAAUGGAUAGCAUAUGCAUGGGCCAAGAUGGAUGGACGUUUUUGA